UAAGAAAUAUAUUUCAUCCCAGUAAGUUAUAACUUGUAGUCUUACUUCUUUAAUAUUAAUUAAGUUUAAUAGUAAUCAAAUUAUUUAUUUAUCUCUAAUUUUACCUAAAUAUUAUAUUUUCCAUUUCAUGACUAGCAAGUAGUAAACAUUAAGUAUGAUUUAAUAAUAUCCUUGUACAUUGUCCUAUAAUAUCAAGAUUGUUUUAUCAAAUUAUAAUUAAAAUGUCUGAAGCUAAGAAUGGAGAUUCAAAUCCUUGCUUGCAGGAACAACGGUUAUCAUUCAAAUGUUUACAAGAUAAUUUUGGAGAUAAAUCUCAAUGUGAACCCCAAAUAGAAAAUUACAAAGACUGUAAAACAUUUUGGUACAAUAUUUAUAAAGAACGGAAAAACAACAAAAUAAAGCCAUAUAUGCCAUCAUUAGAAGAAAGGAUAAAAAUUAAGAAGGAAUAUAUGAAUGGUCAAUAAAACAUUAAAAUAUUGUAUAACUAAUAAUAUGAUAUAUUAUAAUAUAUUGUUUACUAUAAUAUUAACUACAUAUUUUUUGUGUUCAUAAAUAUAUGUUUUAAUUAUAAA